AUGGUUGCUAAGAUCUUAGUAUUCACCGCCCUGCUGGGUGCUGCGGUCUCGCAUUCUGCCUUCUCCUCCCAACAUAUAAAGAAAUACGACAGCCCUACCGAGUCUGGACAUGGAAAAGGCCAUGGAUAUGGGAAUGGGGAAGUACAUGGAUAUGGACAGAGUCAAGGAUUUGGACAUGGCUACGGUCAAGGAUUUGGACACGGGCAUGGUCAAGGGUUUGGAUUUGGGCAUAAUCAAGGGUUUGGACACGGGCAGGCAGAAGGAUUUGGAUAUGGGCAGAGACAAGGAUACGGCCAUGGUCAUGGUCAUCGAUAUGGGCAGAGGCACGGACAUCAACACAAGGAUCACCAUGCUCACCCUAAGUACGAAUUCGAAUACUCUGUGGAGAAUUCACACACCGGCGACCACAAGUCGCAGCACGAGUCCCGCGACGGCGACGUAGUGCACGGCUACUACUCGCUGCAGCAGCCCGACGGCUCGCUCAGGGACGUGCACUACCACGGCGACGACCACUCCGGGUGA